AUGGCCAGCAGUCACAGACCUCCAAUAGCUCGUCCUUCUUCAAGAGCAGGAAUAGGCCUGACUGCAAGGCCUACCUCUUCAUCAAGGACUCCAUCAGCAACCAGAAUGGGAACAGGGAUGCCUCCUAGUACAUCAAGACCUGGUUCUCGUGGUGGUUCUUCGACUACUGGAGGAGUCUUAUCAUCUCAGAUUAAAGUUGCAGACCGUCCAGUGACUCAACAGGGAUUAAGUGGAAUGAAAACUGCAAUGAAAGGUCCUCAGAGACAAAUAAUGGAUAAAACAUAUUACCUUGGACUGCUGAGAAGCAAAACAAAUGAACUCACAACAGAAAUUAACAAGCUUCAGGAAGAAGAAGAAAUGUACAAGCAAGAGAAAUCUGUCUAUUUGUCAUAUGAAAAAAGGGCAGAGGCUUUAGCUGGUGAAAUCAAAGAAUUUCAAGGUCAGCUAGCAGACUACAACAUGGUUGUGGAUAUACUUAACACCAAUACGGAUAUGGCAGAAGUGGUUCGAGAUUACAAUAUGUUAAAGGUUCAGAAUGACCGAGACGCUCAGAGUGUGGAUAAAAUCUUCACAGAAAGACAAGCCACAGAAAAGUUAAUUCAAGGUGUUGAAGAAGAUAUCGAACGUGAAAAGGUUGUAGCAGAUGACAUAAUAAAAGACAUGUCGCAGGAAGAUCAAGCUAAAUAUAUGGAGAUGAAGGCUGCAAAUGAAAAACUCUCCCAGGAAUUGGUUGUUCAACAACAGGAAUUGGACGCACUAAAUGUAAAGGAGGAGGCUCUAAGAGCUGAAAUAGCACACUCUCAGGUGAAACAGGAGGCUGUGCAGCUGUAUGAAAAGCUCCAUGAGCUCGAGGAACGUCGAGAUCAAAUGAUUGCUGAGGAUAAGAACAUGGAAUCUCCACAGGAAGAAAGAGAAAGAUUACUAAAGCAGGUUAAGGACGAUAGUCAAGAAAUAGCAAGCAUGGAAAGACAGUUGACAGAAGUAAAAGAAAAAACAAACCAUUUUAAAAAGGUUAUUCAACGACUUGAUAUGGAUCUGGAGAAUCAUCAAGGAGAGGAAAAUUGGAAAUACAAGGAGCUGAAGAAGAGGGAAGAAAGCAUGGACAAUUUUCUUGAGACUUUUGAAGAGGUGAAGAAUCAGGAAUUGGAACGAAAGGCCCAAAUAGAAGCCAAUAUUGUUGCACUCCUGGAGCACUCAAGCAGGAAUGUGAAUCGUAUGAAACAAAUUUCAUCCGUCACCAAUCAAGAGCUGAAGAUUAUGCAGGAAGACCUCACUUUCAAAUCAAAUGAAAUGCAGAAAUCACAGAGCACUGCUAAGAACCUGAUUACAGAGAGUCAAAAGCUGCAGAUGGACCUACAGAAGAUGGAACUCUUGGAGGGCAAGAUGGUUGAUGAACUGGCUUCUCUUAAAGACAAAAUUGAACAAACAAAAGCGGAGUUGGAGGUCUAUAAUAAUUUGCCAGCUCUGAAGGCAUCAGGAGAAGAGAAGAAAAAGAGACUCCAGGAUGACAAAGAAAAAUUAACAAAACGUAGCCAUGCUUUCAAGACAAUAAUGGAACACUUGAAUACAGAGUAUGAGACACUAAAGAGAGAGUUGCAAGAGAAUGAGACACAUUCUCAGCUUACAAAUUUGGAGAGGAAGUGGCAGCACCAUGAGCAAAAUAACUUUAUGAUGAAGGAAUUCAUAGCAACAAAAAGUCAGGAGAGUGACUACCAGCCAAUAAUGAAGAACGUGAGAAAGCUGGUCACAGAAUACAACAAAGCUCUCAUAGAAGCUUUACAGAACACCAAGAACUGAACCCAGGCACUUCCUUCCUGCCCAAUGGACCAACAAUGAGAGAUGUGCACAGGCAGCAUGGAAAGCUGGACUACUGAGCUCAUUCACUCACCAGUAUGGCAAC